UAUAGAAUUGAUUGGGACGGUGGGAGUAUGAAAGUGAAAUAAAGGGAGAAGAUAUGGAUGACGAAGAGAGGAAGCGAUGAGCACGCAAACCGGUGCAAUGUAAUAAUAAGACUAGUAAUACCAAGGUGACAUAACAUAACAUUUGUUUUCUUGUGGAUGAAACAAAUGGAGAAUCAACACUCCUCCGAUACACUAGCUUAUCUCUCCGGCUUCGGAAACCACUUGUCCUCUGAAGCAAUCGCCGGAGCUCUGCCGGAAAGUCAAAACAGUCCCCUCAUCUGUCCAUUCGGUCUCUACGCCGAGCAGAUCUCCGGCACAUCCUUCACCGCUCCUCGGAAACUCAACCAGAGAAGUUGGUUGUAUCGGAUCAAGCCGUCGGUGACUCACGAACCGUUUAAACCUCGGGUCCCUUGUCACGGGAAACUCGUGAGUGAGUUCAAUAACUCGAAUAGUCGUGCGACUCCUACUCAAUUGAGGUGGAGGCCGGUUGAGUUUCCGCAGCUUCAGACUGAUUUUAUUGAUGGUUUAUUUACGGUUUGCGGUGCUGGAAGCUCCUAUCUUCGACACGGCUAUGCUAUUCAUAUGUAUGCUGCAAACAAAUCAAUGGAAAAUUCUGCCUUCUGCAAUGCUGAUGGUGAUUUUCUGGUAGUGCCUCAAGAAGGAAAGUUGUGGAUCACAACUGAAUGUGGAAGAUUGCAAGUCUCUCCUGGCGAAGUAGUUGUAUUACCUCAAGGAUUUCGUUUCGUUGUUAGCCUGCCAGAUGGACCAUCACGUGGUUAUGUGGCUGAGAUUUUUGGUACCCAUUUCCAACUUCCGGACCUUGGCCCAAUAGGUUCUAAUGGUCUUGCCGGGCCCAGAGAUUUCCUUGUUCCCACAGCUUGGUUUGAAGAGAGAACUUGCUCAGAUUUCACUAUUGUACAAAAGUUUGGUGGAGAGCUUUUUACUGCAAAACAAAAUUUUUCUCCAUUUAAUGUUGUUGCCUGGCAUGGUAAUUAUGUCCCUUACAAGUAUGACCUUGCUAGGUUCUGCCCUUACAAUACUGUCUUAAUUGAUCAUGGGGAUCCGUCAAUUAAUACAGUACUGACGGCACCAACCGACAAACCUGGCGUGGCACUCCUUGACUUUGUGAUUUUCCCUCCACGAUGGUUGGUUGCAGAACAUACUUUUAGACCUCCAUACUACCACCGCAACUGUAUGAGCGAAUUUAUGGGUUUGAUUUAUGGUGGAUAUGAGGCUAAAGCUGAUGGUUUCCUCCCAGGCGGUGCUAGCCUUCACAGCUGUAUGACCCCACAUGGUCCUGAUACAAAAACAUUUGAGGCAACAGUUGCACUUGGAAAUGAAGUUGGGCCUCGGAAAAUAACAAAUACCAUGGCCUUCAUGUUUGAAUCUAGUUUGAUUCCCCGGGUAUGCCAAUGGGCUCUGGAGUCUCGUUACUUGGAUGAUGAUUACUACCAAUGCUGGAUUGGCUUGAGGUCCCAUUUUACACAUGAAUAUGGUGAUGAAAUGAAUUUACAGAAUGAGCAGAAUGCAAGUGGAACUAACACAGAGCUAUAAUGAGACUGAUCUGCAUAUUACAGUCAAUAAGAGAUGUACAGCUGUGCAUUGAAUACUGUUAUUAGUUGAAAUAAUUGAUGGAUGUUAUAUAGCAGAAGGAAAAAAAUGGUGUAAUGGUUGGAUUUUUAGUAGUUACGACUUGCGACCUUCCCGUUUUCUGA